AUGUCAGCGAUUGAGUUAAGCUCCGCCCGUUCAGUGAAAUGGGCUCUCGUUCAGCCUCCAUACUGGCACUUUGUCAAUGGAUUCUCGGGAACCAUGGAGCGUUACGAUAGAGCAAUCACAAUUUUCUCCCCUGAUGGGCAUUUAUUCCAGGUUGAAUAUGCACAGGAAGCCGUUAAAAAAGGAUCAACAGCGGUUGGUGUUUGCGGUCGAGACUGUGUGGUGAUUGGUGUUGAAAAGAAAUCCAUUCCUACGCUUCAGGAUGAUCGUACAGUUCGAAAAAUUCAUUGCAUUGAUGAGCAUGUUAUGCUUGCUUUUGCAGGUCUCAGUGCAGAUGCACGUGUACUUGUAGACCGCGCUCGUGUUGAAUGUCAAACUUAUAAGCUCACACUCGAAGAUCCAGUUACUGUUGGCUAUAUUGCUAGAUUUAUUGCAAACACAAAACAGAGGUUCACGCAAAGUCCAGGUCGCAGACCAUUUGGUAUAUCAAUGUUAGUCGGUGGUUUCGAUUUUGAUGGCACGCCGCGUCUGUUCAAGACAGAACCAUCUGGAGCAUAUUAUGAAUAUUUCGCAAAUUCAACGGGUCGAGGUGAAAAGCCAGUUCGAGAAUACUUGGAGGAACACUAUAGUGAUGAAACAAUCGUUGACGAAGGAAACGUAUUGAAGUUGGUCGUGCGAGCAUUGUCACAAGUGGUUCAGAGUGGAGCACAGAAUAUCGAAAUUGCUGUUAUGAGACCAGCCGAGAAGAAGGGUCGAGUCAAUUACCGUGUAUUACCGCUUGAAGAAGUCGAGGAACUAUUAAAGGUGGUCGAAGCUGAACGUGCUGAAGCGGAAGCUGAAGAACAGGCCAAAAAAGGCGCACAUGGAGGAUCUCCGAAAUAG